UGUCAAGUGGUUUGCACGCUUAUCGUCACAUUCUCUCUUUCCCCGUUAUCUGGCUUGGACACUAAGAUAUCUAGCACAAUGGCAGUGGUCAAUACGUCGCCCGAUAGACCAUAUCAUAUAAUUAUUUUUGGAGCAUCCGGUUUUACAGGUCAAUUCGUUGUGGAAGAGGUUGCCCGAACAUCAUCGGAGGGUCCAAAGGGAACCCUGAAAUGGGCAGUGGCUGGAAGAAGCAGACAGAAGCUAGAAAAAGUUCUGAAUCAGGCCUCUGAAGUUCUCGGUAAACCGGAGUUAAAAUCUGAAGUGGAUAUAAUUGUGGCUGAUGUUGGUGAACCGGAGUCCCUGGCUACCAUGUGCAAACAGGGAGUGAUUGUUCUCAAUUGUGUGGGACCAUACAGAUUCUAUGGUGAGCCUGUGGUCAAGGCAUGUGUGGAGAAUGGAGCACACUGUAUUGACAUAUGCGGAGAACCUCAGUUUCUGGAGGGGAUGCAGCUGAACUACGACAGCGAGGCGGCGGAGAAGGGAGUGUACGUUGUGGGAAGCUGUGGUUUUGACUCCAUACCAGCAGAUAUGGGUGUGUUGUACACCAGGGACCAGUUCAAAGGUACACUUACUGCAGUGGAGAGCUUUCUGACAGCCAGCAGUGGGCCUGAGGGCGGUUGUAUCCACGAUGGUACCUGGCAGUCUGCCAUUUAUGGCUUAGCAGACAGUCACAAACUCAGAAGCCUGAGGAAGAAGUUUGGCCAUAAGCCUCUUCCUGUAGUUGGAGCCAAAAUUAAAAGAAGGGGUGCUCUGUUCUUCAGUGAGGAGGUGCAGCAGUAUGCCAUUCCGUUCAUGGGCGCUGACCCGUCCGUGGUGAAGAGGAGCCAGCGUUUCCUUACGGAGGAGUAUGAGGAGAGUCCAGUUCAGUAUGGUGCAUAUGCUAGUGUGGGUGGAAUCUCAAACAUCAUCAAGCUGCUUUUUGCAGGUUUUAUGUUCAUGAUCCUGGUGAAAUUCAGCUUUGGCAGAAAUCUCUUGAUUAAGUUUCCCGAAUUUUUCUCUUUUGGCUUUUUCUCCAAAGCUGGUCCAACCAGGAAGCAGAUGGAGGGCUCCUCUUUCCGUUUUGCCUUUUUCGGAGAGGGUUACACAGAGGGUACGGACCCCUCCCAGGGAAAGCCCAACGCCAAGAUACGCACCCUAGUACAAGGACCAGAGGCUGGUUAUGUGGCCACACCUAUCGCCAUGGUCCAGGCGGCCAUCACUAUUCUUAAUGAGCCGCGACUCCUGCCCAAGAAGGGUGGCGUGUACACUCCCGGGGCGGCCUUUGCCAAGACCACGCUCAUCGACCGCCUCAACAAGCAUGGCAUCCAGUUCUCGGUCGUCUAAGUUCCAGACAGCUGACGAAGCUGGACCGGCCCAGGGUCAUGAGCCCUCUGCAUUUAGAAGCACUUAACCGUUUGCUUGCUCAGACAAGGCGAAAACAUAGUAACUACGCAGAGCUGUGUCACGCUAACCUUUGGUUUUUGGCCGUCUUCCACCUUUUUUUUAUUAUGGCUUGUAAUUGGUAGACUGUAUUUUUUUGUUGUUGUUUUUUUUUUUCUUUUCUUCCUGAUUUUGAGUAGCAUAAUCUUUGCUAGUACGGUUUAGAUGCUGAUGCCGUGAGUACAGUAGCACCUUCUCCUGUGCAGCACAAGAUCA